AUGAGGCAAAUGUCCAACAGCAGUGCUCUCAAUGACUUCCUUCUCAUGCCAUUUUCAGACACAUGGGAGCUGCAGCUUUUGCACUUCCUGCUUUUGCUGGCCAUCUACCUGACUGCCCUCUUGGGAAACAUCCUCAUCAUCACAACUGUAGCCUGCGACCACCACCUCCACACCCCAAUGCACUUCUUCCUCCUUAACCUCUCUCUCCCGGACCUUGGCUCCGUCUCCGCCACUGUCCCCAAAUCCAUGGCCAAUUUCCUCUGGGACACCAGGAUAAUUUCUUACUCAGGAUGUGCUGCCCAGGACUUUAUGUUUGUCUUCCUGAUAACAGCAGAGUAUUAUAUUCUCACUCUCAUGGCCUAUGACCGUUUUGUUGCCAUCUGCAGACCCUCUUGUGUCAAAAUGGCAGCAGCUGCCUGGGGCACUGGUUUUCUUCAUGCUGCCCUACACACUGCCAACACAUUUUCGAUACCACUCUGCCAGGGCAACGUCGUGAAGCAGUUUUUCUGUGAAAUCCCCCAGAUCCUCAAGCUUUGCUGUUCAGGCUUCUCCUACCUUAGGGAGGUUGGGACUAUUGUGGUUAAUAUCUGCUUGGGCUUUGUGUGUUUCGUUUACAUUGUGCUGUCCUAUGUGCAGAUCUUCAGAGCUGUGCUGAGGAUCCCCUCUCAGCAGGGACGUCGCAAAGCCUUUUCCAUGUGCCUCCCUCACCUGAUUGUCGUCUCCCUGCUCAUCAGCACUGGCACUUUUGCCUACUUGAAGCCUCCCUCCAUCUCCUCCCCAUGCCUGGAUCUAGUGGUGGCUGUUCUAUAUGCAGUGGUGCCUCCAGCGGUGAACCCCCUCGUCUACAGCGUGAGGAACAAGGAGCUCAAGGAUGCACUGCAGAAACUGAUUCUAUCCAUACUAUUUCAGCAGCAAUAA